CAGAGUCAUGAGGAGGUGCAGAAGUCUAAUUAUCUCUCAGAACACUUGAAUUACAAUAUGCUGAAAGGUUAUUAUGGAAUUUUUGCCCAAUGAUGCCAAAAAUAUACUGCCUACUGCCACUUCAAUGAAUUGCUUUUUAAUGCCGCAGUAUGGAAGUCCACCCUUGCCAAAAGUCAAAUAAAAUGACAUACUCAAAUUUAGAUUUUAGCUUUCCAUUUGUGUGCAAAUAUUGCAUGAUGAACAUUUGAGAAGCAAUAUGUCAUAACUCUAAAAAUGUAACUGUUAAAAUCAUUUUCAAUGCAUUAAGAACCAUGACACCACCGUGAUACUAAUUAAAUUGAUGUUUCAUUUUCAAAUUGGCAGAUCAUGCGCAACCUGAGCUUGAAAGUAAAAUUUCUAACUGGAUUUUUAUACAUUUUACAUUUUAAUAAUGUCUUGUUAUUAGCUCAUUUCUAAUGAAAAUGAAAUGAUAAUGGUCUUUUUCAUGUUCAUUUCCAAAAAGACUAGGAUUUACUCCCAGGUCUCUUUUGUUAAAUUAGCCAUCAAAAAUUGCAAUUUGAUGUAAUGAUUUAAUUAAAAAACAUUGGCAGCUCUGGACUUCCAUAUAACAGAACAUCUCUUAUUUAUUUUUCUUGAUGCUGCCUCACACACGCACACACACUUUCAGGUAAACGUGCACCUGUCCACCCACGCACACACCCUCACAGUUAUGCAGCUGCAAGUGUUUCUCUUUUAUAGCUCAGUGAGGAUUUUCAGUGAGAGGUAUCUGACUUUUCUCUCUUUAUUCCUACAGUGACCCUGAGCAACACACACACACACACACACACACACACACACACGCACACACACACAUACACCCACACAACUGCGCACAUACACAAACACACAGACUGGCCUGAGGACAGAGAUGGAGAGCUCUAAUUUCCAAAGGACCCGCAAAGUCUUUCCAUCCCUCUAAACUCAAUCUCCUCUCUUUCUUCCUCUCUCAACAAAGCUACACACACUUGCAGAAUUAACACACAUACGGACACACAGAAACUUUAUUAUCCUUUAACUAAAUGCACAAAUCUGUAUCUCUCUUGGGUCUCCCUCUUACUGGCAUUAUUUAACCCCCACCACCAUCACCACCACACACAAUUCUUCAAAUCACGCUGACACCUUGUGACUCCGUCAUACGUGCACAGUCGAUUACGUUUCAAAGCUCCCAGACAGGGAGCAGAGAGAUGAGAUUGAUGCUGGAUAAAGCACGUAAUACGCCUUUCUCAUGCUCCACUGGGCUCUGAACAAGGGCCUGGAGGUCUAUAAGAAGGAUUGACAUUGUAAAAGAUGGAGAAAAUGAUAGUUUGACAUAUAAGCCCACAGAUUCAUGACCAAGCAAUACUAUUCUGUAACCAAAUAGUCCCACGUUUGAUUCUUUGCAAAUGCACAUCCAUCAGUCGUUUCCUGUCCUGCUGUUUUUUUUAGUGAAUGCGCCGAACCCCUACCUGCUCACUCCAUCACGCGUCGCUGUGGAUAAUAGCAUCAGCUAAAUCCCCAUCAUGUAAAGAGGCCCGGAGACGUCCAGAUGGUCCGCAGCAGCGCACAUAAUUUGUCAAAGAAAAUGAUGCUGAACAGUGUCACAUUUUCUGAAGUGGACUUUUUCUCCAUCUUGGGCCGAGGCCUCUAAGUGCCUUUUUACACGACAUUAAACGCGCCGUGAAUCCCUUUUAAGAAGCGAAGAAACACCUCAGACGUUCCCUGACACGGAGACACAAAGAAAGAGCCCUCUCCGGCGUCUCGCCCCCUUGACUCCGAACACUUUGAUGCGGCCGAAUGGAGCAAAGGGAGGGCAUCUUUCCGCCGCCGCCUACCUGCAUCCGCUUUCAUCCGGGAGUGAUGCUUUCCUGCGGAGGGAGUCCUGGCACUGCCUUUUGUGGAGCAAUAACAGCAUCUCUGGCCUUUCUCACCCUUCGCCCAUCCAUUUCAGUAUAACUCAAGAGUGUGAGCGGUUUAGGAGCGGCGUCGAAAGACCUCCCGGGAAUGGUGAUGAACUGCACAUCGUCAGGUGCGUGGCGGGCGAGAAGAAAAACAGGCACGCAGACAGCUCUGACAAGCAAUUACACCGCGGCUUGUUUGGGAGGCAGGCCGGGAUGAGCUCCGGUAGGCUGGCGGGGCAGAAGAUUGAAUACUCCAGAGACGGGGGAGGAAAAUGGCCAGAGGGAGAACACUGGUGCAGUACCGCCUCCGCAGCAGCAGGUGUCAGCAGCAGCAGCAGCGCGCCAGCUAACGGUACAACCCAGCAUCCCCCAGCAUCAUACAAAAGAAGAAGAUUCAACAUCAACAGUGCAGGACCGAGUCUCCUGAUCCUCAUAUGCCCUCAUCAUCUCUCAUCAUCUCUGCAGAUAAUCCCUCAUUUUCUGGCCCAGAUAUCUUUAGCAGAGCAGCAGUGA